AUGACUACAAUUCUAAAUCCCAUGAUGGCUGAUCAUGAAUCGAGGUUUGAGCAUCUUGCUAGACAAGUUGAGAGGAUUUCUCGAAUCGUCGAUUAUGAUGAAGGUGAAAGGCAUAAUGCCUGGGGAAACAACGAGGGGAUAGAAAAUAUUUUUCAAAAUGAAAAUCAUAUUCCAAAUCGAGAAAAUCCCCGCGUGGUUCUUCGAGGUGAAAAUGAUGAUGACGUUUUAAAUGGAUUACGUGGUGAUCGCUAUCAAGUAACUAGGAUUAUAGAAGAGGUACUGAAUCGGGUUGGACUGAAUGUUGGUUUUAUGAAUCAACCACAUUUUGUGUCUACUUUUCCCCAAGUGGUUCAGAUGGCUGAAGUGCCAAGAGGGGUAAAAAAUCUAAAAAUAACUACAAAAUUUGCUGAAGAAGUCGGAGAAUCCACUAUUGAACAUGUUGCUCGUUAUUUGGUCGAGAUCGGAAAUUUAGCCAAUGAUGAGAAUUUGAAAAUGAAAUUCUUUCCUUCUUCAUUGACAAAGAAUGUAUUUACUUGGUUUUCGAAUCUCAGACCAAAUUUGAUUACAACAUGA